GUGCGUUUUCAUAACACUAUAGAUAUGUAAUACGGUAACCUCGUAUGGAUUGUCACAAUCAUGGAGAGAAAAAAAAAAACUUCGGUUCCCACGAUUCCAAGUGGCAGUUCACUUCCGGGUUGUGUCGUUAGCCUGUUAACAGAAAAAAAGGUGAAUGUUCAACGUGGAUGUAGUGUGUGUCGAGAGCCGAGAUGCCGCUGGAGGUCAAGUGGCCGUUCCAGCAUUGCCCGACGUUGGCGUGGAGGCUCUCUGGCUCGCUCAUCAUGGGCAUGGUGGGCUCCUACUCCUACUUUUGGACCAAGCACCUGAACUGCCUGACAGUGCACAACCGCAAGGUUCUAUUGGAGCUGAUUGACCAGCGGCCCGCUGACACGCCCCUUAUCACGCUGUCCAAUCAUCAGUCGUGUAUGGACGAUCCGCAUAUCUGGGGUGUCUUGAAGCUGAGGCAUUUGUGGAACUUUAACAAGAUGCGAUGGACCCCGGCAGCGUCAGACAUCUGCUUCACAAGAGAGUUGCACUCUCGAUUCUUCAGCCGAGGGAAAUGUGUGCCCGUCUGUAGAGGCGAUGGCGUUUACCAGAAAGGUAUGGAUUUUAUUCUGGAGAAGCUGAACAGAGGGGAAUGGGUGCAUAUUUUCCCUGAAGGCAAAAUCAACACCAGUGAAGAAUUCAUUAGGCUGAAAUGGGGUGUGGGACGCCUAAUAGCAGAAUGCACCCUCAACCCUGUCAUCCUGCCGCUGUGGCAUGUGGGCCUGAGUGAUGUUCUGCCCAAUGUGAGCCCCUACAUCCCACGGAUUGGCAAGAAAAUCACCAUCCUCGUGGGGAAACCUUUCGGCCUCAAAGACAUCGUGGAAAAGCUCCGAGCGGACAACAAGAGCCAGCUGGAGAUGAGAAAAACGCUGACGGACAUGAUCCAGGGGGACUUCCAGAGACUUAAAGUCCAAGCUGAGGCGCUCCACAAUUCCUGAGUGGGAGUCCCAUGUUGUGCAAGAGAAAGCAGGAUGUUUUUGUUUUGUUUUUUUAUAUCAAAGGGCAACUGAACUACAUUCAGAUGUGUUCAAACAUGCCGACUGGACAUAUUGUGACAUCGUCCAUAUUUGGACACAUGGGCAUAAUACUUUUUCCAUUUUAUGAUUGCAUUGUAUUGCUUCUCACAUCAUAUUUCCGUCUAUGAUUGUUUUUAGCACAGUCCAUAUUUGGUGUCUUGAUUGCUGUUUAAAAAAAAAAAAAGCAUUCUUAUUGGCUUCUCCUUCCUUUCUGGGGUGUGUCAAUGCCAAUAAAGAUUUUAUAUUUGGAA